AUGCCAGACGCAGUACGUGACCCUGGCGCCACCGCUGAGGGUGAGGAUGCGCCCAAGGCUGGAAUCCAAGAUCUGCAAGAUUUCGAGUUCACUUUCGAGUCGUCAACAUUGAGAUUCGAAGUAGAUUCAGACGAGAUGAGCGAUAUUGCAUCAAUAUCAGACAUAUCCCUCUCUGACAGCAUCCAAAACUACCCCGAGUUAUUUGGCCGCACAUAUCACGCCUUUCGAGCCGGGUCAUACGCUUUUCCCAACGACGAGCUAGAACAAGAACGCUUAGCGUUUCAGGGCCCGAUCAUGAAACGACUCAUAGACGGGAAGCUUUUCUUUACCCCCAUCUCAACUUCAGACCCUCCCCGCUUCAUUCUCGAUCUCGCCACCGGUAUUGGCGACUGGGCCAUCGAAAUGGCGGAUGAUUUUCCUAAGUCAACAGUUAUUGCCACAGAUCUAUCACCUAUACAACCAAUCAUGUUCCCCCCAAUGUCCGAUUUUACAUUGAAGACGCGAAUCGUGACAUCCCAAAAAUAUAGGACGGAUCGAUGGGAUUUCCCGCAGAAGUUCGAUUUUAUCCACACGCGUACCACAGCCGGCUGCUGGUCCAACUUUGAGACUCAGAUUGCUGCCCAGGCCUUUGAGGAACUCGAACCCGGCGGUUGGUUUGAGUCGCAGGAAGUCGAUUGCAAUAUCAGCUGUGAUGACGGUACUCUGGAUCCAUCUGGGCCGCUUGUCUCCUGGAUCAGCGACCUAAUACUUGCCUCGGACAAGCUCAAUCGCCCGGCGCUCAUAGGUGCUACUCUCAAAGAAGUAUAUGAGCGGGUUGGCUUCGUCGACGUUCAACAGCGCGUCUACAAAGUGCCGCUUGGUCCUUGGCCCAAGAACCGUUUCCUAAAGCAAAUUGGGCUGUUAUGGGGUGCCAAUAUUCUCCAAGGACUAUCUGCUUUCUCUUACCACUUGCUUCAUCACGGGUUUAAUCGCUCGGCUGCCGAAAUCGAGGUGUGCCUCGUCAACGUUCGGCGCGAUCUCUGCGAUAUGCGUAUUCACUCAUACCAGCCUACGUUCGUUGUCUGGGGCAGGAAGCCGUACCCUAGAGAAGUGCGAUGA